AGACCCAGUAGAGACACUUCAAGAACUGCUCAGUCCCGGAGUGGAGGGAUUGUGUGAAGACUCUGACACUUUACCCUGAGACAAGGUGCAGAGGUUUUCAUUAUAGGGAUUGUGCAGUUUGCUAAGCAGCAGCUUCUCCCGGCACAAGCCACCACAAAUCAGACAAAGUGAGACCAUGCCUUGCGCCCAGCACCUGCGGUAAGAAGGAGCUCAUGGCAAGCUUGGCCCAACAGAGUUAAGAGGAAGAUUUAUGAGACAUGGAACUUUCCAUCAGGUUUGGAAGAAAGUAAAGGGAACGCAGAGAUGCCAGACUGCCACUAAGACCCAUGGACAAUCCCGCACUCACGCUUCCUUCUCUGUCAAAUUUUAAGAUUUAUUAGUAAUAUGCUGCCUUUGCAAGAUGAAAACAAACGAAUGCCAAGAAGGCAUACUCUUCCAUAUUUGCAAUAGACGUGCUCUCAAGACAAUGGCUUCAAAGGUCUCCUGUCUCUAUGUUUUGACAGUUGUGUGCUGGGCCAGUGCCCUCUGGUAUCUGAGUAUAACUCGUCCCACUUCUUCCUACACUGGCUCCAAGCCAUUCAGCCACCUAACAGUUGCCAGGAAAAACUUCACCUUUGGCAACAUAAGAACUCGACCUAUAAACCCACAUUCUUUUGAAUUUCUUAUAAAUGAACCCAACAAAUGUGAGAAAAACAUUCCUUUCCUUGUUAUCCUCAUCAGCACCACCCACAAAGAAUUUGACGCCCGCCAGGCGAUCCGAGAGACGUGGGGGGAUGAGAACAACUUCAAAGGGAUCAAGAUAGCCACUCUCUUCCUCCUGGGCAAGAACGCGGAUCCUGUUCUGAAUCAGAUGGUGGAGCAAGAGAGCCAAAUCUUCCACGACAUUAUCGUGGAGGACUUUAUUGACUCCUACCAUAACCUUACCCUCAAAACACUAAUGGGAAUGAGAUGGGUGGCCACUUUUUGUUCAAAAGCCAAGUAUGUCAUGAAAACAGACAGUGACAUUUUUGUAAACAUGGACAACCUUAUUUACAAACUACUAAAACCCUCCACCAAGCCAAGAAGAAGGUAUUUUACUGGCUAUGUCAUCAAUGGAGGGCCAAUCCGGGACGUCCGCAGUAAGUGGUACAUGCCCAGGGAUUUGUAUCCUGACAGUAACUACCCACCGUUCUGUUCGGGGACUGGCUAUAUCUUUUCAGCUGAUGUGGCUGAACUCAUUUAUAAGACCUCGCUCCAUACAAGGCUGCUUCACCUUGAAGAUGUCUAUGUGGGACUGUGUCUUCGAAAACUGGGCAUACAUCCUUUCCAGAACAGUGGCUUCAAUCACUGGAAAAUGGCCUACAGUUUGUGUAGAUAUCGCCGCGUCAUCACUGUGCAUCAGAUCUCUCCAGAAGAAAUGCACAGAAUCUGGAAUGACAUGUCAAGCAAGAAACAUCUCAGAUGUUAGGAUUUUUACCGAUGUAAAUACAUUCCUUUUCUUUUUUAAGAAAUGGGGCCUAGGGUGUUGGUGUUUUAUUGGUGUCACCAGGGGAAAUGAACCGGUGUAGGGGUUUUGUAAAAAGCUUUUUUCUUCCCGCUCCUAGUUUCUUUCUUGGACUACCAGUUUACAAGUGUUAGGCUCUGGUCAUAGAAACAACACAUGAGUUAGAAGGGCCAGAUUUCAUUCUCAGGUCCUGAGGCAUUGCGUUUAUCUCAAAAAGUAACAUCCUAACAACUGCUAGGAUUUACAUACUCUGCAUCUGAGAUAAAAAUCUGGUUCUGGGAAACUGAGACUCGAGGUAAUGCCUUCAUAUCAUCUCUGCAAAAAUAAAAGUAAAUAACUCUUUUUCAGAAAUAAUACACAGUCAGAAAGACACACCCGAUGUGAUUAUUAAUAUUGUGUGUGCUGUUACAUUGAAUUUUUACAUCUCUUGCCAUGUAAUGUGUACAGUAUUUGCAGUUCCACCAAGACAUGAACUUAGGCCUGGCAGGGAGGCUGCAGCUAAAUAAAUGGAAAUUUAAAUUUGAAAAGCAAAUAUUCUGUAUGGUUGGAAGACAACUGUGCUUGCUCAUCCAAGGAUUAAACCUGGUCAUUGGGUGGAAUGUAUAUAAAAUGCUACUUAACAAAAUAAACAAGAGAUUUG